AGGAAGCGAAAGCAUAGAAUUUUGGCCUGGCCAUUGAUUUAUUACUCAGCAACUUGGAGUUUUCUCAAGGACAAAGCUAGCGGCCGAUAGGCCGCUUAUAAAUAAACAGAGCAUUUUUAUUUUAUUUUCGAUUAUUCAGUAUCAGUUUUCAUUCUUGGUGUUGGCUUUUGCAAAUCAACAAAUAUGAUGUUGACAUAUCGUUUCGUUCUUGCUGCGGCGUCCCUCAGCCUCCAGUCGGUUCUGGGCAGUUUUGUCAAAGGUAAAAAUGAGAAAAAGGACACCACCUUCCUGCCAGCCGAGAUCUGGAACCACGUGCACUCGUCUGGUAUGGAUGAUGUUUAUUCUCCCAUCUUUAUCAGACCAUGAUCGAGGCUCCUCCCUUAGUAGGUUGUGCGUUUGAUGUAGUGAGGGGAAUAGUAGGGGAGCCGUGAUCGUCUGGCCUUCGAGGGGAGAAAAAACAUCAUCCAUAUUCGGGGCGGACAAAGAGUUACCCCGCGGCUACACCUACGGCGAAAUGGAGACUACACGUAAAAACCUGGAAGCGUUCUAUCAAAAACUGAAGUACGCAGCAGUCGAUGAAUUGUUGAAACAGCGUUUGGGUUUGCCUUCGUCCUCUGAGUCUGUGUGUGCAUCAACGAACAAUACGGAAGGAGCUGCAAAGAUCGAACCUCCGUCCAAAGCGAUGGGAAGAGGAGGAGAACCUCCAUUCAAAGCGAUGGGAGGAGGAGAACCUCCAUUCAAAGCGAUGGGAGGAGGAGAACCAUCCAGCACGGCGAUGGAGGCAGGAGAACCGUCCAUCAACUCCAAGGUGAUGGAAGGAAAAAAGCAACAUCUUCUUUCUGA